AUGACUCAAGAAUUUGGUAACCCUCGUACUGCCGAGUUGUUUCUCAACAAUUAUGAGAUGAAUUUUGAUGAUGAAGGUGACAGAUCAAAAUUUCUUACGGGGAAUUCUGUGUCGCCACGAUCAUUAUCAAAAGCACAUUUCCCGAGAAGGCACAUGAUCAAGGGAUCGCCAGCACAACACACCCUGCUACAAAGCAGUUCUGAAAACGUUCUUCGACCUGCAAUCAAGUUGGGAAAUAAUAAUACUGCAGCUAUAAGAAUGAGGAACUUUAGUUUCCCAAACGAUAUGCAAUCGGAUAACGAUACUGCUAGCGAACAGGAAUUAAGACGACCUUCUUCGUUGACUAAUUUAAGUCAAGGGAAACCUACCUCUAGAAGUUCACAGCAGAGUGUUUAUACUUCGCCGACUUCCUACUCUACGUCAGCUGCCUCUUCUCCAAGAAGAAGUACUAAGUCAGGUAACAAUUCAAGCUUCUCAUUCCCGGCAAACUAUUCGUCAAUGUUCAAAGGAUACAAUGGUAUGGCUCCAGAAGCUGUGGGUGAUCAUAUCCAACGUGAGAAUGAGAGUGAGAAUCUAUUCAAUCAGUUACGAAACUACAAGAUUAGCUCGGAAAAUAAUUCAGUAAGUUUCGAUGACGAUGCCGACUCCGACAGGUUCAAGUCUGCAUUUCUGGCCCACAGCAGGAAAUCAAGUAUUGAUUCUCCAACUAUGCAGUUACGAGACUUCAAAAAGCGUCGUCCUUCAUCUCUGAUUUCAGGAUCUUCGCUUACUUCUAACCCCGUAAGUGUAACCCAAUUAUCGCCCAGAUCAACUUUUCAUAAAAGAGCAACCGCAAUGACUGAUUCACAGGAAAUGGUUUCAGUUGAUGAUUUUACUCCAAAAGGAAGGCAAUCUGAUACGGAUAUCCAUGAUCCAGAUUCAGGAGAUUAUCUAGAUGAUAAGAGACCUACACAAUCCCUAAGAACCCUGUCUUUGGAUGAUGGUUCUUCAGAGACAAUCAGCAAGCAUUCGUUAGUUCCUUCGCCAAAAUUGACAAUAGAAAACACUAAAGAACAGAUGCGUAGAAAUUCAAAUGGACAUUUUGAGAAUUUCCAUCAAUUCGCAAAGCUGAAUGGAUUAGAUAGAUAUAAUUCAGUUUUUGCCAACUUACCUGAAACUGGUGACAAUGUUUCAAACUCAGUAAUAAAUUUGGAUUUCGUGAACGAUUUCAGACUCCAAAAACCCCCAAGAACCAAAAAAUACAGACCACAUUUCGAACAAAGACUCUCAACUGCUAUUUCAGAAGAAACAAGCAGCGCAGAAUCAUCUCCCUCGAGAGAUGAUGAAAUGAUGACAUUGAUAGAUUUCUUAAAAGCCGAGUAA